AUGGCAGGCCGUGUACGGGCAUACGAGAUUUCAAGACCAAAGCCUUUGCCAGAAGCACUUCCGCUGGUGCAGCCAGCAACGGCACCGCCACCGAAUCCGACUAAAUCUACCCGGCAACCUACACCAGCGGCUGCAGCCUCAGUGUGGCCGCCGCCACUAUCAAGGCCACUGUCCGACAUUCGAGAGAUCACCGAGCCAAGUCUAAUGGACAUGGUGUCCCGAUACUCCAACGCGCCAACUCGCCGACGAGAGCAGAACGCACACAAAAUCAGUCCGGAGAUACGGCACCACUUUGCCAAGGACAGAGGAGUUGUCAAGCAUAAAGGUUCGGUCGAACGCAAGUCGUCUGUGCGACGCAGUCUGUCUGGGAGAUCAAAGGACACGGCAAGGUCACAAGACGAGCGGUACGGUAACCCUUACGAGGUCGUCGCAUCCUCGUCUUACUCGAGUACUCCGGAGAAGUCGAGCUGCUAUGCCAUACCUCAGUCGAGUGUCCCACACCGAUCGUCGUCGUUUGGGAGGUCAGAACCACCGUCCAGAGCUCCCUCACGACGCAACACCUCAAUAAGGGUGCCGUGGUCGAAGGAACAGCCACAGUUCUCCGUAUCAAACCGCGGCCCCUGUCGUUCGCCUGUCAAGGAGGCUGUACGAAGAUCGGAUCCAGUCAGUGCGGAUUCGGCGCGCAGAGUGCCUUCAAGAACCUUGAUUCGGCGACCUCACCCAGUAGAUAUACUCAAUGCUGCAGAGUGCAAACACCCACGAGUCGUACUGGACCUGCGUACCACAGCACCCGUCUUUGUCGGUGGCGGUAGUCUGGAAGGCUUAGUCACAGUCAUCAUCGAUCACAACGAGCGAGCGAAAGAACGCCGUACAUUGGGGGUUGGCUCGGUCACGGUCGAUCUUCUUGGCUACGAGCAGACGAGUGGUGAUCGCAAGGCAACCUUUCUUGCCCUUGGUAGCGACGUGAUCGAUGCGAAUCACCCUCCACCAGCCAGCAUGGUUGAGCCAUCGAACCCACUGACGCCAGGGGACAAGUUCUGGACUUUAUGUCCUUCGAGCUCGACGUUGCCAUUCAUGCUCAGCUUGCCACUUGAUACCGGUCCGCCUCCCUUUCAGUCUCGACACGCGAGCAUCCGGUAUGUGCUCUGUGCAACAGCACUCAUACGAGACGCAGGCACACAUUACCGUGUACGCGUAUCGAAGGAGGUUCAGAUACUGCCCACAUACGAUCCGGAAAAAGCGCUGGCAUCUCUGCCGACACCACUGACUGCUUCAGAUGAGCUGCUUUUGCGAAAGACUGGAGGGCACGAACGUAUCAGAGUCACUGCUGGUCUACACCGGCAGAUCUGGGUCAGUGGGAGCACGAUCUUCGUAGACGUGCAUGUUGCGAAUAAGAGUGGUAAGGCGGUGCGUAAGCUGCAGCUCAGCUUGGAGCGAGAUGUGCUGUGCUACAAGCACGCAGCUGCAGACACUAAAGCACUGUCAGUAAGCCAGGCUCGUGUCUUUGAGAGCAACCAUCAGUCUACGAUAGCGACAAAUUCACUUAAAGCCGGCGCUAAUGAGUGGAAUGGCGUACCACCACACAGCUCAGAGAUCCGAACAUAUGACUUGGCGAUAGCAAGAGACCAUGCGACGAUCAGGUGUGGAAAGUACUUCGAAGUGCGCUUCUUUCUGAACAUCACCGCUUUCAUCUCGAGCUCCAAGUCAGUGUCACUACAGCUGCCGAUCAUCCUCAUCCAUAUGAACUCGAUCGAUGUAGUCCCCAACUCCGUGGCACAGGUAGCAGCCGCGAUCGAAGAACGAAGGGCGCAACAAAGGAAACACGAACGCGAACACAGCCAGGAGUCCCGACUACAUGGCCGCUCCAAGCAUGUUCGACAAAGAUCCGUCUCCUCUCCCGCCGAAAGCACCGCGCUGAGGUCAAAGACUUCGUACCGACCUGGCCAAGCAUUCGCAGCACCACACCAACACAGCCUGGAGCAGCAACGAGCCGAGCGAGACGAUCUGAACACCUUGCGACACAUGCUCGACUCCUCCCCACGCAAGUACAUGCCGCAGAUCCAACAUGCUUUCACCGUCCAGAAGCAAGGCAGUAACAUCAGUAUCAGUUCACUAGGAGGCAGCGGAGAGCGCAACGGACUACCCUACGCCGGGUCGACCUUCCCAACACCUCCCGUCGUGAAAUACGGACGACGCAAGGAAACACGCUCGAACGUGACGGCUACAGCCGCGGCCGAGGGGGUCGAUAGUAUACGCCAGCGUAUGCGACGUAUGGCCAGUAUCGACACAUAUACAAGCAGCAGCAAGAGAGCCACCGAUGCCAGAAGUGCUUUCGGACCUUGGCACGAGAAUACGAAGCCAUCACCUCACAUUCGGGAGCGAGCCGAUACCAGCAGCCAUAGCACUGCGCAGACACUGAAACCGUAUACCCUCGGUCUACCACUACAACCGAACCCAACCCGAUCAGCUUCGCCAGCAACCCCGCCGCCACCAGCCUUCGAAGAAGCAGGCACAAAGCACAAACCACGGAUCUCCCGCCCAGCUACUGCUAUCGGGACAAGGACGAGGGUCGAGAUGGAGGAGCCGCAGGAUUUCCGAUCAAGACGGGAGAGGACGAGGUUCGAGUUCAAGCCUGUGAGACGGAAGGGGAGUACGAGUAGUAGUCUUCGAGGUCGUGGAUUGGGAUUGUGGGAUAGUGUUCGGAGGAAGACGUCGUGGGAUACGGGGGGGUGGAUAUAG